AUGGGUCUGUCCCCGAGGGGGGUCCCAUUCUUGGGGGGCGUCGCCCUCCUGCUGAUGGCGGUGGGCUGCUCCGGCUCCUCCUCUUCCCACUUUCGCAACUUCUACCUGGCGGUGUCUGAGCCCGGCCCGGGGCUGCCCCAGUUCAUCGCUGUGGGCUACGUGAACGACCAGCCCAUCGAUCGCUAUGACAGCCACACCCGGAGGAACGUGCCCGUAGCCCCCUGGAUGGAAGAGGUCAGGAAUGAGGACCCCCAGUACUGGGAAAGGAAUACCCAGAUACUGCAGGACUGGGAGUCUGUCUUCAGAGGGCGUCUGGUGAGGCUGCGGGAGCACUUCAACCAGCAGAACAGCACAGGGCUCCACACCCUGCAGCGGAUGGAGGGCUGCGAGGUGGGGCCGGACGGGCAGCUUCGCGGGGGGCACUACCAGUACGCCUACGAUGGGGAGGACUUCCUCGCCCUCGACUUGGAGACCGUCACUUGGACCGCCCGCGUGCCCCAGGCCCAGGAGACCAUGAGGCAGUUGGAGCGCGAGACCCAGUGGGCCCCACAAACAAAGUACUACCUGGAGGGGGAAUGUGUGGAGUGGCUGCGGAGGUACCUGGGCUACGGCAAGGAGACCCUGCUGAGGACAGAGGCCCCAGUGACGAGGGUGGCACGCAAGAAGGGCUACGAUGGACAGGAGACCCUCUUCUGCCAGCUCUACGGCUUCUACCCAAAGGAUAUUGAGGUCACCUGGAUGAAGGACGGGGAGGACCGGAAGUCAGAGACCAUGACGGGGGGUGUCGUCCCCAACUCGGACGGGACCUACCACACCUGGCUCAGCAUCGAGGUGGACCCCAAGGAGAAGGGCCGCUACCGGUGCCGGGUGGAACACGACAGCCUGCUGGAGCCCCUGGACUUGGCCUGGGAGGAGCCGGCAUCCAACUUGCUGCUCAUUGUGGGAGUCCUCAUCGGGGUCCUCUCUGCCCUUUUGCUGGGGGCUGGGGUCGCCUUCUACAGGAGGCAACAUCAUCGGCCAGAUGGUGACUACGCACUAACACCAGUGUCCGUACCUGAAGCCUAA